CCGAACCAAAUCUGCACAAGGAUAAAUAAUUUUUAAGUGCUAUGAAUUGAGAUCCUGUUUAUAUUACAAACCAGAAUCACUAGUCAUUAACUAAGAAGAAAUAAGGAUAAUCGUGAUGAUCCCAUGGAUUAUUGAAUAAAAUGAACGAAUCGGAUUAUUGGAAAAAAUCUAUAUUUAAUCCAAAUUGCACUUUUUCGUUUAUCAUCAAUACGAGAUCCGGCUUACAACAAUCUUCAAUGACACACCGCAUUUUGCAAAUUGAACUGAUGUGAUACCUAUAGUCAAUUCAAUUCAAUUCGAAGCAGCCAAAAGUCGUGUGCGUUCGUGUACGAGCUGUGUGUUUAUUUUUAUCAGCAAGUUUUUAGUUAUACUCCAACCUUCGUCGUUUCAACAUACCAACCAUUACUCGCGCUCGAACACGGGACGUCGACGCACGUGCUCCUCUGAGGUCGACAAUAAUGGACGCAAGUAGGCGCCGCGCCGGAAGCCUUCCCAGAGGAUUGUCUCUUAAUUGGGAAAUAGUUUCAGAAGACGGUGACCAAUUUCUCUCCAUCCCAGACGAGUUCGAAACCUUGUCCCAGAUGUCCAUCCCAGGAACACAGAACUUGGACGACGACUCCGACUGUUGGAGUCUGAACCAGGAGAAGGAGACGCUCGAGAAGCUGGAUCCGCAGGAGAUCAAGAUGCAGGAACUCAUCCACGAGUUUAUCCUCACCGAGAAACACUACUGCCUCGUUCUGUUGACUAUACAACAACUGUUUUGCGAUGGUUUUUCCAAGUUUUUCGCUUCGGAAACUAAGCUGAGAGGAGUAUUCAUCGGGAUCGAUGAUUUGAUACAAGUGCACACAUCGUUUUUGGAUGAACUAACCACGCGACAGGAGCAAGCUGAAUUGACCGCUAACAUUACUGACAUCUUGGCCGGCUUUUUCGGAAACUCAUCGAAGCUUAAGCAGAUGUACGGAGAUUUCUGUAAGAACAGCGAUAAAGCCUUGAAAAUCUACAAAUUCUAUUUGGAGACUGACUACGAGUUCGAGAAGUUCAUCAAUUCCUGCCAAAAGAAUCCGCUUCUCAAAAGGAAAAGCUUACCAGAUUGCUUACUGCUAAUCGAGCAACGCCUAAUCAAGUAUCAACUGUUAAUUUCCGCUAUGCUCAAGACGAAUAAAUCGGAUUUAAACUCAGUUCAUGACUCCAUCAAAGAUAUACUUUUCGAUGUGAAUCAGCAGAUCGAGGAGCAACAAAAUGCUCUUAGAAAAGUGGAGAUUUGCCAUAAACUCGACGAUAAAUCAUACACGAUUUACAAGGGACAUCAGUUUAGCAAAUUCGAUAUGCAGGCUGAGCACAGAAAGUUGAUUUUCGAAGGAGAAGCAACGUUGAACGACAAGGCUUUAAUCAGGAUAGUAGUUCUGAGUGAUCUUAUUGUAUUCUUAAGAGAAGUCAAUGGGAGGUACGAGCUUUUCAUGCCCGAAAACAAGAUCGGAGCUUUCGGACUGGACAGGGUUUUGGUGCGAAAGAAAGCCGGACUCAAAUCCAUCUUCUAUUUAAUAUCCUCGGACAAGGUUAAUCCGCAAAUCCAUGAACUCCACGUGCUCGAACCUAAAGAUGUGAACGUUUGGAUUAAAGCCAUACAGGAUCACAGUUUGCUGCUGUAGGAUUUAUACUAAUACGCA